CUUGUAGAAAAGAUUAUGCUCAGAAGUUUCUACCAUGAGGACCACGGCGUCAACAGUGUGCAUUUGUCUUCUUGGAAUAGUGAUAUUUUGUAUUUGGAAUGUCAUUGGUCUUUCAUGUGAGAGUCGGUGUGGCGAGUCACAUGGAGAAUGCUCCUGCCACGCUACAUGCGAGUCUCUCCAGGACUGCUGUGUGGACUAUGGACAGUUCUGUCUCCAAAUUGCCCCCUAUUCAGCAUCCAUGUUGGGGGGGAGCACAUUCAUGCUCCUCAAUGUCACCUUCGAUCCAGGCCAGCAACUCCAAUGCAGGUUCAGAGGUGAGGUUGUGACCGAGGGGUUCGUUGAUCCAGAGGGCAGAGGUCACUGUAUCUCACCCCUGCUGUACGAGACCGGCUGGGUUCCCUUCGACGUCUCCACCCAUGGAGGCCCUUUCCAUAGGUCCGGUGAGUAUUUCUCAGUCCAUCCAAGUAAACUCGAACCAGCUUCCAGGCUGAUCCUGGUGAAUGCCACCCAGUGGCAGCAUUAUGGUACUGCAGGCACGGCCGGGGCCCUCAGCAUGACCUGGAACCCCCCUGUGAUAGGAGCAGAGAGGGUUGACGUGGAGCUGUGGGGCUACCGAGAGGUAGAUACCAAUACAGAGACGGGGGGGAACAGCUCAGCGUCGCUCAGGGCAGAGUGGACGUUCCUGUACUCCCUGGGGAGAGACCUCCCUAACAGUGGGAGCUUCAGUUUUGACCCCAGGCCCUCAGGGGUACCACACUCUGACUGGAGGCUGGGGAGUGUCCGUGUAGGCGCCAGCACGCACUCAGCUGGGGCCCGAAACGUGCGGGCGGUGUGGAGCGGGGCCCACGCCCUGGCCUGGCACCUGGAGCCGGCCUUCAGGCAGGACUCUGCAGCCUGGGCUUGGGCCAGGUGCCUGGAGUGGGACGCCCAGGAGAGCAGCCUGCCUCGCUUCCUGGAGGAGGUCCCUGACUGCCCCUGCACGCUGGCCCAGGCUCGCGCCGACACCGGCAGGUUUCAUACAGACUACGGCUGUGACAUGGAAAAGGGGAGCGUGUGCACCUACCACCCUGGGAGUGUUCACUGUGUGAGAGCCAUACAGGCCAGUCCCAGAUAUGGCUCAGGACAACAGUGUUGCUAUGACAGCACGGGGGCCCAGGUCCUGACAGGGGACUCGAUUGGAGGUAGCACCCCAGAUCGGGCUCACGACUGGGGCUCGCCUCCGUACAGAGACCCUCCCCGGGUCCCAGGGCUCUCCCACUGGCUCCACGACGUGCUCAGCUUCUACUACUGCUGUCUGUGGUCCGACCACUGCCAGGUCUACUUCAGCCAUCGGCCGUCCGCUGGUUGCCGUGCCUACCAACCCCCCAGGGCUGGCUCUGUCCUGGGAGACCCUCACUUCAUCACCUUUGACGGUCUGGCCUACUCCUUCAACGGCCGAGGGGAGUACCAGCUGCUCCUGUCCCCUCGGGCGGGGCUGAGCGUCCAGGGCAGGACGGAGCAGGUCCGCCUCCAGAACGGUACUCUAGCUCGGGCUACAAGGUUGUCCUCUGUGGCGAUGAAGGAGAACACCUCUGAUGUCAUAGAGGUGCGCCUGGCGCUGAGGCAGGACCAGCUGCAAGUGCUGAGGAACCAGAAGGUUCUGUCCUUCUCCGAGCAGAGCUGGAUGGACCUGAGAGGGGUGUUCCUGUUCUCUCCGACCCCCCACAACGUGACCGUGACGUUCUCCUCUGGCGCGGCCGUGGAGGUGGCCGGCCGAGCGGGAACCAUGGCGAUCACCGUGCUCCUCCCGCCCGUGUUCACCAACCACACCCAGGGCCUGCUGGGCCAGAUGAACUCUGACCCCGAGGAUGACCUUCUCACCAGCCUGGGCGAGGUCAUCCACCCUACCGACAGCAGCGCCGAGGACCUCUUUGCAUUCGGAGCGAGCUGGAACAUCUCGGAGGAGACUUCUUUGUUCACCUACGACACCCAGCACCUCCUGGAGAGGUACUUCCGUCCUCCGAAGCACCACCCGGACUUCCUGCCUGCCUUCUCCGCCCCCGAGCCCCCAGCGGACCCUCUGGUGGCGGCCAUGUUAGACCUGUGCUCUGGGGACGGCACCCAGUUCUGCAAGUACGACACCCUGACCCUGCGGAGCCUGGCGGCCGGCAACGCCACCCUGCGCUCCUACCAGGAGCUCCAGGCCCUGCGCCGAGACCUGCAGCCUGUCGUGUCCUGCGGCUGGCUGGCCGCACCCAGGCACGGUCGGAAGGAAGGAACACUCUACCUGCAGGGGGCGACGCUGAGGUUCUCCUGCCAAGACGGUUACCUGUUCUACGGUUCCUCAGAACGCACCUGCCUGCAGGACGGCACCUGGAGCGGAGAACCGGCCUAUUGCUUAACGAACCAUGUCCUAGGAGUUGUACUGGGAACAGCAGGCUGCCUCUCUGCACUCAUAACCAUGGGAGUGAUGAUCAAACUACACACCAGCAAACCGCUACGGAAAACUGGACCAACAGGAAGGAGUGGUCGAAUUGGAACAGACCUGAUUACCGUAGCAACACCAAACCCUGACCAUGCUCGGUCAUCAUUAGCCCAGCAGGCUCUCCGGUUGAAUCUAUUGCCCCGAUUUCCUGUCACAUGAUUCGAAAUAGGAUCCCUUCUAUGUACUAUCUCUCUUUCGUCUGUGAAGUGAAGACCUGCCUUGAAGUUCCCAGACUUUUAACGCAGACCCAGACCGACACCUCCCCACAACGAAUCCACGCAUCCGUCCGCGAGGGCACUUUCGAAUCCAUUCACCUGCGACCGAACACUCUGCUUGCACGAAACACGUCCGUACUCCAAGUCCCGCGCACCAGAUCUGGCGAUGGAUUCCCCAUUGACUAUCUCCUCUGCGCUUUUCCUGGCUGGGGUUCUAUCUACGACAGCCUUUAAACACUUCGAGACUGGUAAGUUUGAUAACUUUUUUCUUUUGUUGUUUCUUCUUGUCCUUGGGGAGUCAUAUAGGCUGCUACUGCGAUUUAAUCGGAGACUAAGAAGUGUGAGGCGGGACAAUGCAUUGUUUGAUUUGAGCAUAUUAGUUUAUUAAAUCAUUUUUUAGACACGUGACUGAAAUAUGAUGUACAUCUCGCAAUACAAUGCAGUCUGUUUUAGGCCAGUUCACAUCAAGACAAAACAUGUCUUUUUUUUAGGCUAUAGCUGUCACGAACUGUCACGAUUUGGAUGUUUUGCUCUGAAGUCUAGACGCGCUCUACAUCUGCCCUUGACAUUUAAGUCUAGAUCUGCUACUUAAUAGCCUACAAGACGAGUAACUACGGCUAGUUCGUUUGUUUUACUGCACAUUGCAGUAAUAAUUGUUUAUAAACUGUCCUGUUGUUUAUCAUUAUGUCCACCCCGUAGCAUAUCC